AAUCAAACGGGCUUUUGUACAUUUGGAUCUGGUGUGCGACGCACUGUGGAAACACUCAAAGUGGCACUGAGUUUCGCGACAGCUUGCCUGCACCGCUAUCCUGGCAGGUCCUUUUGAUUUCGAAGAAAAAAAGAAGUUACAAGUAGACUUGCUCCACAAGAAGUAAAUUCAAAGUCUGAAUUUUGAGUGGAACAUUAACUAGUGGGGUGGGAAACAAACUUUAUAAAGCGGAGUUUACAGUGGAGCGGAAAUAGACGGGACGAGGCAGGACUUGGAUGCUUGUCAGAAACAUUUCGAAGCAUACGAGACUUGCUUGGCAAAAACGAACGGACACUAGAAAGGAUGGGAAAGAAAAACGGUAAAGUGGUGGAGAACCCGGAAGGAGAAACUUCAAAGCGCUCCCCAACGCUAUGUGGAACCAACUAUCCGCUGAGCAUCUCCUUCAUCGUGGUGAACGAGUUCUGCGAGCGCUUCUCCUACUAUGGCAUGAAAGCUCUGCUGACGCUGUACUUCAUGCGCUACCUGCAUUGGGACAAGGACCUGUCCACGGCGGUGUACCACGCCUUCUCCAGCCUCUGCUACUUCACCCCGGUCCUGGGGGCCCUCAUCGCCGACUCCUGGCUCGGGAAGUUCAGAACCAUCAUCUACCUCUCCAUCGUCUACGUCAUCGGCCACGUGGUGAAGUCUGUGGGCGCCAUCCCGGACGUGGGUGACACCACCACACACAUCGUUCUCUCGAUCCUGGGCCUGGUGCUGAUUGCGUUCGGGACGGGCGGGAUCAAGCCCUGCGUGGCGGCAUUCGGGGGGGACCAGUUCACGGAGGAGCACGCCGAGGAAAGGACGAAGUUCUUCUCUAUUUUCUACAUGUCGAUCAACGCUGGGAGUGUCCUGUCCACGGUCAUCACGCCGAUACUACGAGGUGAUGUACAGUGUUUUGGGGGUGACUGCUAUGCCCUUGCGUUUGGAGUGCCUGCAUUGCUGAUGAUCAUCGCCCUGGUCGUGUUCAUUGCUGGCAGUGGGCUGUACAAGAAAAAUCCACCUGAGGGGAAUAUUCUGCUGAAAGUGUGCCAGUGCAUUGGGUAUGCCAUUAAGAACCGCUGGAGGAAUCGCAAGAAGAGCCACAAGAGGGCGCACUGGCUGGACUGGGCAGACGACAAGUACUCGAAACGCCUGAUACACGAGAUCCAGAUGGUUCUGAGGGUCCUGGUCCUGUACAUCCCGCUCCCCAUGUUCUGGGCCCUGUUCGACCAGCAGGGAUCCCGUUGGACCCUCCAGGCAACCAGGAUGAACAUGGACUUUGGUGGUUUUAUUCUGAAGCCUGAUCAAAUGCAGAUGCUGAACGCGCUGCUAAUCCUGGUUUUCAUUCCGAUUUUCGACAUUGGGGUGUACCCUCUGGUUAGGCUGUGCGGGAUCAAGCUCACACCCCUGAGGAAGAUGGCGAGCGGGAUGAUCUUGGCGGCCUUGGCGUUCGUCGCGGCCACGGUGGUGGAAAUGGGCGUGACGAACACGGUGGUGGACCCCCCGCUGGCCGGGCAGAGCUUGCUGAAGGUGCUCAACCUCGCUGCCACCGACGUCCAGGUGACCGUACCAGGAAGUGUCCCCUUCCCACUCCCCAUCAGGCCCUAUGAGGCCACACAGGAGUAUCAGAGGCUGGAGCUGAAUGGGGUGAACCAGAGCCUGACGGUAACCGUGGAGAUUGCUGGGAGCAGCACGCCGUGCGCGCUGGUCCUCACAGAGCAGACCGCGUACAGCCUCAUUCUGUACCGGGAAGCCGCGGGGCUGCAGUGCCGACUGGUAGAAGAUCAGAUCAUCAAGUCUGAACACGGUGAUGCGUACCUGAGGUUCGUCAAUGCCUACCAGGAGCACCUGAACCUAACCGUGGGGGACCAGGACUUCUAUGCCCCGAAAGGUCACGGGGUCACGCCCCAUGAGGUUGUGGCGAGAGGGGAGUACACAGAUGUGAUGUGCAAGGCUGGUCAGGAGGAACACGCUGUGAACCUGGGGCUGCUUGACUUUGGCGCUUCGUACACCAUCGUUCUCAAGGGCGUGAAUGAUUCAGCUGUUGGUUCGGAGGGGCGAGUCGUGCCUCACAAAAUGGAGGACGUGCGGGCGAACAACGUGCACAUCGCCUGGCAGAUCCCGCAGUACACCCUGAUAACUGCCGGAGAGGUUUUCCCAUCAGGCUGGUUCUCCACUCAGCGGCGCAUCUCUGCUGCAUCAUCCCGUGACCCCGUAAUCUUCUUCACGCUGACUCAUCCCAGCGCCACCUCGUAUCUUCUGCUGAACAUCAUCACCCGCACCACAGCCUUUAAGACUCAGGUGACGCGAGCGUUUUGGGGACCCAGCAGUAAGACUCAGGUGACGCGGUGGACCCGCAUAGCUUGUGACGCGAGCGUUUUGCGUUUGCAGUGGGUGGAGUUCCUGCUCUUCGCCAGCCUCCUGGUGGCGGUCAGCAUCAUCUUCUCCAUAAUGGCCCAGUUCUACACCUACGUCGACGGCGACCAGCUGGACAGCAUGUUUCCGGCCGGGGACGAGGAAGAGGACAACCUCAAGAAGGACCAAAUAAAUCUGAGCCCGAAUCCUGGUACAGAUCGCGAUUACAAAGCCACCAAGAUGUAGCCUGACUUCAGACAUUUGAAAAGGACUCAAUAUUUUGCCUUUUUUUUUUGUUGUUGCAGGAAAUCAAUGUACACAAUUUUUUGCUAAAAGUCAGACUGUCAAUUCAGAACACAGUGUUAAGAGGCAGGUGGGACCAUGGCAGGAUUAGCACCAAAAUAUCAAUACCAAUGGUAAGCAACCUCAACGGUGAGAUACUGAGAACUUAAAGCACAGCAGAAGUAUUCUUUUCAGUGAAAUAACUGAGCCGGUUAACUUAUGUUUUCAGAUUUUCCCCAAAUAAUCUGGCACUCCAGAACUACAGGGUUGAGUGUACCUGACCUGGAUUAAAUUUUAUCACCUGACCGCUGACAGUGUGGUCGACACAGCCACGUGAACAACAGCACCUGGAAAACACUCCCACACAGAAGUGCGUUUGAUGUUAAAACACAAACCAAAAUCUAAGGAACGUGAAGAGAUAUUACAGAUGACUUCAUAGCUUUCCAGCCAGUAGUGACGGUUAUAAAAAGGUGAGCCAUUGGUCAGGUCGCACAGACCACUACACGUUGACCUUUUUUUAGUGGCAGAUAAAUGUGGUGGCCAGCGGGGAAAACACGGUUGUGUUCAGUGACAGUCUGAACACCAUUAAACGCCUUAAGAGUAAUUAUGCCGUUCGAGCAGAAAUCACACCGAAUAGCCAAAUCUGCGCUUAACUACAAAAUAUUCUAUCCACAGCACACACGCCACACAGGAAAUAAUUUAAACGUUUGUUUUGGUUGUAAUGCAUUUUUUUUGUUUAGUUUUUUUUUGUUUUUGUUUUUUUACACUGAAAAUAAAUAAUAAUGAGAACCCGACUUAGACUUAUGGACAUUAGUAUUACAUCACAUAUGAAAAAAUAAAAAUGAAUUUCUGUAUAGUCUGCAAGACAGGCCGUGCUAAGACAUACAAGCGUGCUAUAUACAGCACAGGGAACAUUUAAAGAGCUUCUGAACACGUUUGGUGUUCAGCAGCAGCAGGCCUCAGCAGUCUGUCUCAGCGGGCUAACCAUAGCCCCAGGGUCUCCACGGAGAAGGCAGAAACUUCUGGAAUGCCGCCAGUUGGAAAGGGAAUAACAGGUCACUGGUCCUAUAGGCUGGGUGCGUGAGUCACGUGACAGGAUCCAGCCAAUCGUAAGCCGGGUUUCCCCCCAAUCUGGGCCUCCAGUGUUCCCCACUCUGUUUCUUACUGCCACGGCCGCCCCAAAAACAAAA